UCCCUUCUAUGCAAAUACCAAAAAACAACAAAUAGUACUAACUCCUUGUUCUCUCGCUCUCAAAACCUCUCUAAUUCCUCUCACUCUUCCCUUGUUUGGCUUCAUCCUUUUCGAAAACAACACCACAUCACAGACAAAUGGAAGAUACUAAAUCAAGGUUCAAGAGGAUCUGCGUCUACUGUGGAAGCAGUUCUGGGAACAAAGCUAGUUACCAAGAAGCUGCUGUCGAACUAGGCAAGGAGAUGGUGGAGAGAAGGAUUGAUUUGGUCUAUGGAGGUGGUAGCGUGGGGCUGAUGGGUCUUGUUUCUCAGGCAGUUCAUGAUGGUGGACGCCAUGUUCUUGGUGUUAUCCCAAAAAGUCUCAUGCCAAGAGAGAUAACUGGUGAUCCUAUUGGUGAAGUGAGAGCUGUAUCUGAUAUGCACCAAAGGAAAGCUGAGAUGGCUCGUCAAGCUGAUGCCUUCAUUGCCCUUCCGGGUGGAUAUGGAACUCUUGAAGAAUUGCUGGAAAUCAUUACAUGGGCUCAGCUUGGGAUCCACAGCAAACCGGUGGGCCUGUUGAAUGUGGAUGGAUUUUACAAUUCCCUGUUGUGUUUCAUUGACAAGGCCGUUGAUGAAGGCUUUAUCUCACCAAAAGCACGUCGCAUAAUCGUGUCAGCACCCACAGCCAAACAAUUGGUGAGGGAGCUAGAGGAACAUGUACCUGAGAAAGAUGAAGUUGUAUCCAAGUUGGUGUGGGAAGAGAGGCUAAGUUACGUGCCCGAAUCAGAAGUUGCAUUGUGAUCUAAAUAUUCAAUAGUGGAGGAUCGAUGAUGGAGCAUAGUUUUUUGGAUCUUGAUCUUUUUGUUCCAUUUUAAAUGUGUUUUGGGUACAUAAUAGUCAUAUAUAUGGGCGUAGGAAUUGUAGGAAGUCUAUAGACUCUUUUCUAAUUUUCCACUAAUGUUGAUGAUGCCCUAGUCUUAUACUUUAAGGUAAAUUAUAUGGAAAAUCUUCAAUGAAAGUUAUCUUGACAUUGCAGUUAAA